AUGAUUGAAGACAAUAAGGAAAACAAAGAUCAUUCCUUAGAAAAGGGAAGAGCAACUCUCAUUUUUUCCUUAAAGAAUGAAGUUGGAGGACUUGUAAAAGCACUGAAAAUCUUUCAGGAGAAGCAUGUGAACCUAUUACAUAUUGAGUCCCGAAAAUCAAAGAGAAGAAACUCAGAGUUUGAGAUUUUUGUUGACUGUGAUAUCAAUAGAGAACAAUUGAAUGAUAUUUUUCAUCUGUUGAAGUCUCAUACUAAUGUUCUCUCUGUGAAUCUACCAGAUAAUUUUACUGUGAAGGAAGAUGGUAUGGAAACUGUUCCUUGGUUUCCAAAGAAGAUUUCUGACCUGGACCAUUGUGCUAACAGAGUUCUGAUGUAUGGAUCCGAACUGGAUGCUGACCAUCCUGGCUUCAAAGACAAUGUCUAUCGUAAAAGACGAAAGUAUUUUGCAGACUUGGCUAUGAACUAUAAACAUGGAGACCCCAUUCCUAACAUUGAAUUCACUGAAGAGGAGAUUAAGACCUGGGGAACUGUGUUCCGAGAGCUCAACAAACUUUACCCAACCCAUGCCUGCAGAGAGUAUCUCAAAAACUUACCUUUGCUUUCUAAAUACUGUGGAUACCGGGAAGAUAAUAUCCCACAAUUGGAAGAUGUCUCAAACUUUUUAAAAGAGCGCACAGGUUUUUCCAUCCGUCCUGUGGCUGGUUACUUAUCACCAAGAGAUUUUUUAUCAGGUUUAGCCUUUCGAGUUUUUCACUGCACACAGUAUGUGAGACACAGUUCAGAUCCCCUCUAUACCCCAGAGCCAGAUACCUGCCAUGAACUCUUGGGUCAUGUCCCCCUUUUGGCUGAACCUAGUUUUGCUCAGUUCUCCCAAGAAAUUGGCCUGGCUUCUCUUGGAGCUUCAGAAGAGGCUGUUCAAAAACUGGCAACGUGCUACUUCUUCACUGUGGAGUUUGGUCUAUGUAAACAAGAGGGGCAGCUAAGAGUCUUCGGUGCUGGCUUACUUUCUUCCAUCAGUGAACUCAAACACGCACUUUCUGGACAUGCCAAAGUAAAGCCCUUUGAUCCUAAGAUUACCUGCAAACAGGAGUGUCUCAUCACAACUUUUCAGGAUGUCUACUUUGUAUCUGAAAGCUUUGAAGAUGCAAAGGAGAAGAUGAGAGAAUUUACCAAAACAAUCAGGCGUCCAUUUGGAGUGAAGUAUAAUCCGUAUACACGGAGUAUUCAGAUCUUGAAGGACACCAAGAGCAUAACCAGUGCCAUGAAUGAGCUGCAGCAUGAGCUUGAUGUUGUCAGUGAUGCCCUUGCUAAAGUCAGCAGGCAGCUGAGCAUCUGA